GUGCAUUCUCAAUCUUAUAAAUAGGCCAAGCAACUAAAGAGCAAUACACAUCAUUUGCAUCAUAAACUUAGAGAUAUAAGUAUUUUCUUGGCCUAAAAAUGUCGUCUUCGAUGGCGCCGGCUUCAAUAGCAAGUAAUUUGUCAACUUAUAGUCAGGGAAAGACUUUGAGCCCAUUGGCAUGGAGUGAUGAUAAGAUCCUCGAAACUGUUUACAUAACUCACGUCCACACCGGUGAAAGGUACGAUGUGGAGUCGCUUUUCAGUCUCACAUCAAACAUUCUCAGGCGUUCCACCGCGAUAGCUGAUAGUGUUGCAUCAAAGACUGGGACUCCUACUGUUGGUCUUAUAGAAGACAAAGUUCCCUUAUCUGGUUAUGAGCCUCCUUUCCGUAAACUGAAGCAAAUUUCUUCUCAGAUGAUGAGCACCCCUCUUGGCGAACACCACGCACACUUAACAACAAUGUCGAUCCUCGAACAGCUGAAAUCGCAUACAUGGGAUGGAAAAGCAAUCUUUGCUUUAGCUGCAUUUUCAUUAGAAUAUGGAAAUUUCUGGCAUCUAGUUCAGACACCAAGUGGUGACUCACUUGGAAGAUCAUUAGCAACAAUGAACAGAGUUCAUGGUGUCGAGAAAAAUCGCCAAGCGAUUGCUGAUUACAACAGUUUGGUUAAGAAUUUGUUGUUUGCUGUUGAAUGUAUUACUGAGUUGGAGAGGCUUUCAACAAAAGGUUAUGAUAAUAAAGAUGUUCCUGCUUUGUCUGAUGCUAUGCAAGAGAUUCCUGUUGCUGUUUAUUGGGCUAUUAUUACUGCUAUUAUUUGUGCUAAUCAUCUUGAUCUUCUUGUCGGUGAUUCGGAUGAUAGGUAUGAACUAUCAAGUUUUGAUGUCAAGCUUGCUUCCAUUGUAAGCAAAUUAAAGGCUCAUCUCACAAGGAGCAGAAAGCAUAUAGGUGAGCUGGAAGAUUACUGGAGACGUAAGAGGGUCCUUCAAACUCCAACUGAAAUUGUUGAGGUUUUAAAAGUUCUAAUCUUCCACAAUGAAGUUCAGGAUCCCCUUGUGUUUGAUGGCUUGAACCGACAAAUGGUGAGCAUUGAAGUGUUCCGAAAAAAGCACGUCCUAGUAUUCAUUUCAGGCCUAGACAGCAUCCGCGACGAGGUUCGCCUUCUCCAAUCCAUCUACGUUGGACUCCAAGAUGAUCCAAGAGAAUUAAAAGGAUACAGAAAAGAAGAUUUCAAGAUUUUGUGGAUUCCAAUAGUGGAUGAAUGGACUCUUCUCCACAAAGCUGAAUUUGAUAACUUGAAACUAGAAAUGCCAUGGUAUGUGGUUGAGUAUUUUUAUCCCUUGGCUGGAAUAAGGUUGAUAAGAGAAGACUUGAACUACAAGAAUAAGCCUAUUGUUCCUGUUUUAAACCCUCAAGGUAGGGUUGUGAACUAUAAUGCUAUGCAUAUGAUUUUUGUUUGGGGUAUAGAUGCUUUCCCUUUUAGGCCUAAUGAUGAUGAGGCACUUACUCAAAAAUGGAAUUGGUUUUGGGCUGAAAUGAAGAAGGUUUAUCCAAGGCUUCAAGACAUUAUUAAAGGGGACACAUUCAUCUUCAUCUAUGGAGGAAAUGAUCAAAAAUGGACACAAGACUUCGCACUAGCUAUCGAAAAAAUCAAAAGGCACGAAAUCAUCCGCAGAGCAGACGCAGUAAUAGAACACUUCCACUUUGGAAAAGAAGACAAAAGAAUUGUUCCUCGUUUCUGGAUUGGCAUAGAAAGCUUAUUCGCAAACAUGAUUCAGAAGAAACACAAAGACCCAACAAUCGACGAAAUCAAAAGCUUGCUUUGUCUCAAACAGGACCAACCUGGUUGGGUCCUGUUAAGCAAAGGACCCAACGUGAAACUACUAGGCCGCGGUGACCAGAUGUAUGCCACCGCGGUUGAUUUUGACAUAUGGAAGGAGAAAGUUCUGGAAAAAGCUGGGUUUGAUGUUGCUUUUAAGGAAUACUAUGAAAGGAAGAGAAGAGAGUUUCCUGUUGCUUGUGCUAAUAUGCAGUUGGCUAAUUACCCUGCUGAUAUUCUUGAUCCAAUUUACUGUCCUGAUUCACAAUGUGGAAGAUCAAUGGAGAUUGCUUCUGUUAGUUAUAAGUGUUGUCAUGGACACACUCAUCAGAAUGUUGAUGCACCAGCUGAGAGUGGUGUUGUUCAGAUUGAGAAAAGGUCUUAAGUUUGUGUUGGUUUUUGCAAUAAUUUGCUUAAAAUGUUGAUGAUGUUUGGUUUUAUUAUGAUUUGUGUGUUUUGAUAUGUUUUAUUUUGGUUUGAUAUUGUUGUUUUUGUGUCAGCAGAUGUGAUUUUAGCCUCUUAUGUGCCCUUUAAUGGGUUGUAUAAAAUAAUGGCUACAAAUAUCUGUUUUGUCUUAAUGAAUUAAUGAAAUAAUCUUAUAUAUUAUUUUAUCUUAUCUGG